ACGUGGCAUAUGACAGCAAAAGAAGCUGCACCCAGUCGGUGUGGUUACAAUAAACAGAUUACAGGCCAUCGGGAAAAGUCGGUCGUUUUUUGAGGUUGCUGCUUUAUAUUUUUUUGCUUUUCCGGAGUGGGUCUCUAAGUGAAAAUGGGGCUCACUAUUUCGACGCUCUUUUCAAAGCUCUUCGGUAAAAAACAGAUGAGAAUACUUAUGGUUGGUUUGGAUGCUGCCGGGAAGACCACAAUCCUUUACAAACUGAAGCUGGGAGAGAUAGUAACCACUAUUCCAACUAUUGGGUUCAAUGUGGAGACGGUGGAGUACAAGAACAUCUGUUUCACCGUAUGGGACGUCGGCGGCCAGGACAAGAUCCGCCCCCUAUGGAGGCACUACUUCCAGAACACACAGGGCCUUAUCUUUGUAGUGGACAGCAACGACCGGGAGCGAGUAGCAGAAUCAGCGGAAGAGCUGGCAAAAAUGCUCCAGGAGGAUGAGCUGAGGGAGGCCGUGCUGCUGGUGUUUGCAAACAAACAGGACCUGCCCAACGCCAUGGCAGUGAGCGACCUCACAGACAAACUGGGCCUACAGAGCCUGCGGAGCAGAACUUGGCACGUGCAGGCUACCUGCGCCACCCAGGGCACCGGACUGUAUGAGGGCCUGGACUGGUUAUCCAACGAGCUGUCGAAGCGCUAGAGAGGGAGAGCGAGGGACCAGAGCGGGACCAGAGCGAACGAAAGCGACCAGAGGAGCAGGAGCGAGGGAUGCGAUCAUGGGAGCAGGAGGAUGAAGAGGAGGAAGAGGAGGAGUAGGAGGAGGAGAAGAGUCUGACCCGGAGAUAACUUUAAAAAAAAUAUCAGUGUGUCUGUCUGGUAGAACUUGAAGUUUAUGGACGUUUUGCAAUCAGUUCCUGUUCUGAAACUUUUCUUUUUUGUUUGUUUGUUUUUCAUUUUUUUUUUGUCCUGUUUGUUCUACCUCCUUUUAUUGCCCCUGUCAUUGUCAACCCCUUUUUGCCGAUGUUUCCUAGAACUACAUUCCUGUUCCUUUCCACGCCCACCCGACACCCGUCAGCCGUACAACAAGAUGUUUUUAACUUGCAUGUUUCUACGACUAUAUUACAAAACAGCAAAUCAACCACUGAGGCGAACCAUGGGACAGUUUGUGAUUGUGACGUAAACCCAAAAGGGAAAGUUGGGGGGGGGGGGGGGUGGAAGUGAAUUGACUCCAGAAUUCCAGAAUACGGCAGCACAGGAGGGCCAGUUCUCUUCCUGAAGUAUGUGAAGGGCCUUCUCAUCGUGUACGUGCGAGGCCAUUAUGAUGCAAUAAAGACAAACCUUUUUUUUUUCUCAAAUUCAA